CUGAUGAAGGAGCACCCCUGGAAUUAAACUGAGCUCUGAAACUAAGCUACUGCUAGUUCUAUAAGAGUGGGUGAUACAGUGUAUCAGCCUGCAGCCCCUCCAUGUCUGCCCUGGAAGAGCAUUGCUGAUUGCUCUCCUAUGUAGAACAGUGGGCUAGGCUCUGCUGCGCUCUCCAAGGUGCUGAACUGAGACUAGCCUUCAAACUGCACAGAGAACUAGACUCAGCUGAUUAUGCAACAGAAUACAGACUCUCGGAUGAAAUAGCAGCUCGUCUCCUCCACGAUGCUACAAAUUAGCUUUCAGUAACAACGAAAACGCCUUAAUUUUUUUCCUCUCUCUCUCUCCAAUGAAACAUUGUAACAUGCUGACUGCAGCAGAUCCCUCCCUGAACAUCACCAAAGGACCCAGGUACACCCAGACAAGGCAAAUCGGACAGUGAGAACAAGCAGUGGUCACUUUUACUGUUAACCAUUGUACAGCACUGCAGAGCAUGUUGGCGUUUUAUAAACAGUAAUUAAAGUAAUGAUACCUUCAACCAUAUGUGACAUGUUUCCUAAAGCUUAAAAUGUCACAUUGUAGGAGGCACAGGACGUAGUGGAUAUUUUUUGUUUUUUUCUGAACCGGAGAGAGAGCCCUUAUGGAUGUGUGUUGACUACAAAAGCCCUGGAGAUAAGAUAUCUGAUCAGUUUAUUUGAACUUCCCACAGCAAGUGAAGUGUGUUGGGGGUGCUGGCAGAUUCAUUAUGCUCUAAAAGAAACAAAACAUGCAAAGCUGGAUCUAUAACCUUAAGUAAACAGAAAGCAAUUUCCUUUGCAAAAUGAAUGUAAAGAAAAUCUCCAUUGUGGACUCAUACAUGCCUGGUGGAUGUGGGAAAUGUAUAAGAAAUUAGUCAACGGCGUAAUUAUUUAACACAAAAUAAAUAUAGUAACAUCAACCUUGUUGUUGUUGUUUUUUUUUUUUUUAAAACAUAUCAAAUAGUUAUAGUGCAAUGCACUUAUAAUUAAAAAAAAAACAUAUCUUAACUGUACCCUUCUAAUUCAUGGAAGGUCAAGCUAUGCAUUCAAAGUACUGGCCCCAACAAUUUUACCCAUUUUACCAAAUUAAGAGACACCAACAAACCAAUGCCUUUUUUGUGUCUGUGGAAAUGGAAACCAUAGAGAAAUGAGCUGCCUUGCUCUUCUGGAUAGAGUGUCCACAUGAAGCCUGAUCCAAUGCCUCUCUAUCUAAUGAGGCCUUGGUUGCUAUCCCCAAGCUCAGUGGUGCUGAAAUUUGGAUGAUGUCUGGCAGGAGAACUAGACCUUGCUGCUGCUUGUUGCCACUGAACGAAGACAACGGCCGCUUCCUCCUCCUUGCCAUUUUUAUUGUACUUUACUUAAUUGCUGGAGCUACUGUCUUUUCAACCAUAGAGAGGCCAUCUGAAGCAGUGGCUCAUAACCGCUGGAAUACAAUUCUAAAAAACUUCAGCAGUUCUUUUAAUAUCAGCAUCCAAGAACUUCGCUCUUUCUUGAGAGAUUAUGAGGCUGCCAUGGCUGCAGGGAUCAGGGCAGAUGUCCUCAGACCAAGGUGGGACUUUACUGGAGCCUUCUACUUUGUAGGAACAGUGGUGUCAACUAUUGGUUUUGGAAUGACUACUCCAGCCACUAUAACUGGAAAAGUGUUCCUCAUCUUUUACGGCCUCUUCGGAUGUGCGGGCACUAUAUUGUUUUUCAACCUCUUCUUGGAAAGGAUAAUAUCGCUUUUGGCUUUCGUUAUGAAAGCUUGUCACGAAAGACAAUUGAGGAGAAAUGGACUUCUACCUCCCAUGGUUAGAAGAGGAUCGUCCGUGUCCGAGGUGGACAGUCUUGUUGGUUGGAAGCCUUCAGUGUACCACGUUAUGCUGAUUUUGGGAAUAUUUGCUAUAACCCUUUCAUGCUGUGCAUCAGCAAUGUACACGCCGGUAGAAGGAUGGAAUUAUAUUGACUCUUUAUAUUAUUGUUUUGUCACUUUUAGCACCAUUGGCUUUGGAGAUUUGGUAAGCAGCCAAAAUGCAGUAUACCGAUAUCAGGGAUUAUACAGGUUUGGAAAUUUCAUGUUUAUAUUUUUGGGAGUUUGUUGCAUUUACUCUCUUUUUAAUGUCAUAUCGAUUGUAAUCAAGCAAGUUUUAAACUGGCUUUUAAAAAAAUGUAGAUGCAGAUGCUGUUCUAAGUGCCAUAAAUCCAAUACCCGUCUUGGGCGCCGCAAUGCCAUCACUCCGGGAGCGCGGUUCCGCAGGAAUCCAAUUUCAGUAGACACAGAUGGAAAUUACGACAGUGACACAGAGGGCAGGAGACUUUCUGGCGAGUUGAUCUCCAUGAGAGACCUCACCGCAUCAAAUAAGGUUUCCCUUGCCAUACUACAGAAACAGUUAUCUGAGACAGCCAAUGGUUACCCUAGAACUGUGUGCAUCAAUACGAGACAAAAUGGAUUCUCAGGAGGGGUUGGAGCAUUAGCCAUCAUGAACAAUAGGUUGGCAGAAACAAGUGAUUCUAGGUACUCAAGCAGCAAGAGCCAGUGCUUUGGACAUCCAACUACACGAAAUUGAAUGCAAAUUUUCUUAUUAUUUUUGCUAAUUGAUUUAUUUAUACUAUUGAUGUUAUAA